AGUUAAUACCACAAAAAGUUGAGAAAACUCAAAAAUCUCCUGAAGCUGGUUGCCUUAAACUUUUAAGUUUUCUCACCUUUUGAUUUUUUUACAGUGUGUUUGAACUGCAGGUCACAUCUGAUCGAAUCCUUCAUCAUCAGACUCUGUAAGACUCGUUUUCCUCACUGAUAAUCAGCAUGUUUAUAGUUUCCUCCUGCUCGCUGUUUGUGAUGCAUUUUCCAGGAUUUCUGUCAUAAAGAUUCUUAUUUUUAAACGACGGCAGUGAUUUGGUUUCUUUGAGGAGGAUCUGAGCGUCUCUCCGGCACUGAUCUGCUGAUUCACAUCUAGACGGUAGAUUAUAUCACAGCUAAAGCUGAAUGAAUGCACAGUAAAGGGGUGUUACAGUCUGAGCCAGCAGCAGUAUUCCAGCAUCUCCGGUGUUCAAUUCAAUUCAAGUUUAUUUGUAUAGCGCUUUUCACUCUACAAAUCAUUGCAAAGCAGCUUUACAGAAGAUUUAAGUUUCUAUUUUAAAAUUCUACAUUAUAUUAAGUAGUAGCUUAUCAGUGGUGACUAUCUCAAGUUGAUGUCCAUAUGGCUGAAAUGUACAGUAAAAUCCUGAAGUUAGUUAAAGACGUAAUCAAACAAACGGUGAACACAAUUAACUGCAAUGAUUAUAUGUUGGGAUUAAAUUUAUAGCAAAAUUUGGUAGUUUUGUAUGCUGUUUGAGGCUUGGCAUCAUCUGAGGUGUCUGUGUAUUGCAUUGUAUUACAGUAUUGGAAAUAUUCUUAGCUCUUCAAACACACAUUGUUUUUUGAUUCAUGCCGUAUCAGGGCUGCUCUGAAUCAAAGCGUGUCUUUGUGUAGUUGGAGUGUUGGCGUCGUGGGCGGCUCGGUCAGCAGCAGAUAUAAGAGCGGAUGGAGAUCUGAAGCGGCUCAAAGCACGGAUCUUCUCUUCCUCUGACAGACGUGAUGCAGGCGCAGGAAUACCUGAUGAGAGGGAAGGAGAUGGUGGAUUUUAUCCAGCAGUAUCUCACACGGAUCCGUGAGCGGCGGGUCGUUCCAGACGUUCAGCCGGGUUUCAUGCGUCCUCUUCUGCCCAGCAGCGCUCCGUUUGAGCCGGAGGACUGGAGCAGCAUCAUGAAGGAUGUGGAGAACAUCAUCCUGCCCGGGGUCGUUCAUUGGCAGAGUCCUCACAUGCAUGCGUAUUUCCCUGCGCUCACCUCAUGGCCGUCUCUGCUGGGAGACAUGCUGGCAGACGCCAUCAACUGCCUCGGCUUCACCUGGGCCUCUAGUCCAGCGUGCACUGAGCUGGAGAUGUGUGUGUUGGACUGGUUGUGUAAAGCGCUCGGGUUGCCAGAUCAUUAUUUACACCAUCAUCCACAGAGCAACGGAGGAGGAAUCCUGCAGAGUACGGUCAGUGAGUGUACGCUGGUCGCUCUGCUCGCCGCGAGGAAGGGUCGAAUCCUGCAGAUGAAGAGUGAGAUCACACACGCCGACACAGACGAGUCCGUGCUAAACGCCAGACUGAUCGCAUACGCCUCGGACCAGGCUCAUUCGUCUGUGGAGAAGGCCGGUCUGAUCUCUCUGGUGAAGAUCAGAUUCCUGGAGACGGACGAGGCAUUUUCUCUGCGAGGAGAAACUCUGCAGCGCGCCAUCGAGGAGGACCGCAGGAGAGGAUUCGUGCCUGUGAUGCUGUGUGCGACGCUCGGCUCCACCGGUGUGUGUUCGUUUGACCGUCUGGAUGAGCUCGGCCCCGUCUGUGUGCGUGAGGGUCUCUGGCUGCAUGUGGAUGCGGCGUACGCAGGUUCUGCUCUGCUGUGUCCUGAACUGCGAUAUUUUCUAAAUGGAAUUGAGUUUGCCGAUUCAUUCGUCUUCAAUCCAUCCAAGUGGAUGAUGGUCCAUUUCGACUGUACGGCGUUCUGGGUGAAGAAUAAGAUGAAGCUCCAGGAGACGUUCACCGUCGACCCGCUUUACCUGAGACACGAGAACUCAGACGCCACCGACUUCAUGCACUGGCAGAUCUCUCUGAGCCGCCGCUUUCGCUCUCUGAAGCUGUGGUUUGUGAUGCGCUCCUUCGGUCUGAAGAACCUGCAGGCUCACAUUCGACACAGCGUGGAGAUGGCGAAGCUGUUCGAGUCUCUGGUCAGAAACGACACAAACUUCCAGAUCCCAGCGCAGCGGCACCUCGGCCUGGUCGUCUUCUGCUUACGAGCUGGAAACGGAGCGACGCAGGAGUUACUGCGCAAACUGACUAAAUCAGGGCAGAUGUUUCUGAUUCCAGCCGCCAUCGGGAACAAACUCAUCAUCCGCUUCACCGUGACGUCUCAGUUCACGAGCGCUCAGGACGUCCAGAGGGACUGGAGCCUGAUCCGGCAGACGGCCAGAGAGGUGCUGCACUCCUGCGCUCUCUCGCGCCAGUCCAGCGUGCUCUCAGACGAGGACAACCAGAGCGAGGACGAGCUGAGCCGCAUGCGUCUGGAGCCCAUGAUCGACGAGCGUCUGGUGCGGCAGGGCCAGAGACG